UGCCCCCGGCCAUACCCCCUCCUCCGGAUAUCUCCCACCCCCAAGCUGAUCCGUCUCUCUCUGCAGGGCACCGUGGUGGUGGAGCGCUGGUGGCAGGUCCCGCUGAGCAAAGAAGGGCGUUCACCUCGCCUGCACCCAAGGAGGCACCGCAUCUACAGGCUGGUGGAAGACACCAAACACCAGCCCAAGGAGAAGCUGGAGCUGAUUCUCACUCAGUCUGUGGACUAUUUGGGAAGCCGGGGUGAUAUUGUCUCUGUGAAGAAAUCUGUGGGUCGCAACAAGCUUCUUUCUGAGGGACUUGCCGUUUACGCCUCGCCGGAGAACAAAAAAAUGUUUGAGGAGGAAAUGAAGCUACGUAAUGAAGGGAAGCUGGAGAGACUUCAGACUCAGAGUGGUGAAAAGACCCUCGAGUUCCUGAGGAACUGCCAUCUGGAGGUGGGGAUGAAGAACAACGUGAAGUGGGAGCUGAAUAACGAGAUCGUCGCCCGUCACUUCCUGAAAAACCUUAAAGUCUCUGUGACGCCACAAGCGCUGAAGCUGCCCGAUGAGCCCAUCACGAGGUGGGGCGAAUAUUGGUGUGAGGUGACGGUGAACGGCUUGGACACCGUCAGGGUGCCCAUGUCUGUGGUGAACUUCAUGAGGCCGAAGACCAAGCGCUACAAAUACUGGCUGGCCCAGCAGGCGGCACAGGCAGCAUCCAAGGAGUAAAGGCCCCACCAAGCCGUUCUGGGGAGUUCUCCCUGGAAGGCCGGACUGUUGAAAUCCCCCUGCUGCAGCCUCCUGCGUGGGACUCUUCCCCCCGCCAGAUGAGAAGGCAGCUGGGGUGACCUGGCUUCCUGUAAACACUGUCGGGGUUUGUGGGCGGGUCUCGUUGCAAACACACAGGAACUCUCCAUCUCUCCCAGCCGGGACUCUCUGCCCAGGAUCAGGAACCCACCGGCUCCCCGCUGUCCCUGCUGCUGUACGUUGCUCUCAGUUAAAGCAGGACGCCUAAACACUUGUGGCUACUAAUAAAAGACUCCAGGAUCUUGAGUCCAAGCCACUGUC